GAGGUAGGGGAGAGGAGGAGAGGAGAGGAGGAGAGGCGAUAGGAGAGAGGAUCCGACAUGGCUACCAAGGAGAUCACUGCCUCCGGUUUCGUGGGUGCGAGCAAAGAAAUGACAGAAAGCAUCCGGAGGACCAUCGAUAAACCCUCCAUCAAGUUCCUCCACGGAAUCAAGCUGGACGCCAAAAGUGGCCGAACGGAGGACAGAAUACUGGUCCUCACAACAUGGCGCCUCUACUUCCUGGCGCCAAAGACUCCCGCUAAGAUAGAAACUACCUUCAACUUCCUGGAGAUCCGAGCCUUGAACUCCCACCCCGAGCACCAGGUCGUCAUCGACACCGACAAGUCCAGCUUCUCACUGAGGUUCGAGUCUCGGGAACACCUCAACCAGGUGGUUGGACACGUCAACUUCGCUUUGUCCCGAAUAUUCAACAACUCCAUCUUUGCCCCGUCCAUCUGUCACUCGGACAGCGACCUCUCUGAGGGCAGCAGGAAGUACUCCCCCAGCUCGGAGACCUCGGUGGAGACUCAGAGGGCCUGUGGAGGCUUCUCAGAGACGUACUCCGCCUUGUGCGACUAUAAUGGCAUCAGCUGCAAGGAGGAAGUGCAGUGGGAUGUGGACACCAUCUACCACUCCCAGGACAGCCGGGAGUUCAACCUGCUGGACUUCAGCCACCUGGAGAGCAGGGAUUUGGCGGUGAUUGUUGCGUCGAUGGCGUACAACACCUGGUUCACUAAGCUGUACUGCAAAGACCUGCGGAUAGGCUCAGAGGUCACUGAGCAGGUCCUGCACACGGUCAGCAAGUCCUCCAGCCUGGAGGAGCUCACUCUGGAGAACGCCGGGUUAAAAUCAGACUUCCCACAGAAGAUGUCGGCGGCCCUCUCAGAGAACCCUGCGUCCGUCAUCCACUCGCUCAACUUGGCCCACAACUCGCUGGACAACCAGGGUGUGUCCAACCUAAUUCAGCAGGUGUGUCGCCUCAGCAAAGGACUACGCCACCUCAACCUCUCGAAGACCUCGCUCACUUCCAAAGGAGUGGUGUCUCUCUCUCAGGCUCUGUGCUCCAGUGACGAGUACUCCAACUCCCUCCUGCACCUGGACCUGAGCAAGAACCCCGGGGUCCUAUCGGGGGAGGACGCCUCGAACUUGUACCUGUUCCUGUCUCAGCCCAACUGCCUGGUCCACUUGGACCUGUCGGGCACAGACUGCUGCGUGGAUUCACUACUUGGGGCUCUUCUGAGGGGGUGUUGCGCUGAUCUUUCCUUUCUCAAUCUUUCCAAAAAUUCCUUCUCCCACCGGAAGGCGAAGGACACACUGCCGCUGUUCCGCCAGUUCUUCAGCUCAGCCUUCAGCCUCACGUACGUCAGCUUGGCCUCCAUGAAGUUGCCCCCCGACGUUCUGAGGGCUGUCCUCGCCGGGUUAACCUCCAAUCCUCAUAUCAAUGACCUUCAUCUGGACAUCAGUGGCUGCGAGCUCCGGUCUGCAGGAGCGGCUGUGAUCCAGGAGGUCUUCCCCAGAGUCUCCUCCAUCGGCACUCUGGAUAUGUCGGAUAACGGCCUCGAUGCGGACCUGCUCACGGUGCUGCCGGCCCUCUCCAGGCACGCCUCCCUCAAACACCUCUACAUGGGCAAGAACUUCAACAUCAAAAACAGGGUUCUGGAUGAAGUCCUGCAGAAGCUGGUUCAUCUCAUGCAGGAGGAGGAAUGUGCGCUGCAGUCCCUCUCGCUGGCCGACUCGCGGCUGCGUUCCCGCGGCACCGUGCUGGUCAACGCGCUGGGCAGCAACACGUGCCUGAGGAAGGUGGACCUGAGCGGAAACAGCAUGGACGACAUCGGGGCCAAGAUGCUGAGCAAAGCGCUGCAGAUCAACACCACGCUCAGGAGCGUGACAUGGGAUCGGAACAACACCUCUGCGGCGGGGUUCCUGGAUGUGGCCCGAGCACUCGAGCAUAACUUCACCUUGCAGUUCAUGCCUCUGCCCUUAAGCGACAUCAGCCAGGCGUACCGCAGCGCCCCCGAGAGGACGGAGCAGGCACUGACCAAGAUCCAGCGCUCGCUGGUGAGGAACAACCAGACGCAGCGCUUCUCUCAGCGGCAGGCUCUGCGGCUGCACCAGGGCCUGGUGACCAGCACCGCCGAGCAGGUGAUGGAGCGCCUCUGCGUGCGCGUCCAGCAGCAGGUGAGCGUGCUGCGAGGUGCCGGCGAGGUGGAGGAGGUUCAAGCUGCCAGACAAGUGCUGAAAGAGGCCCGGAGCUCCCGCGCCCUGUACCCGUCGCUGUGCGAGCUGGCUCACGUGCUGUCCGUGGACGGGCCGGUGCGCCAGCGGCUUGACUCCCUGGCCAGCGAGCUCGCCAAGGCGGCGGACAAAGAGCUUCAGGUGAUCGUGGACUCGAUGGUAUCACUGUGCCGCGAGCUCUGCCCUCUGUCGUCCUCCGCGGCGGAGAGGCUGAGUCCACCGCUGUCCUCCGUCUCCGAGCGCGUGUCCGUCCCCCGCUCCGCCAUCCGGACGGCUCUGAUGGAGAGAGCAGCGCAGGACAUCCACCGAGCCUUAGAGGAAGUGAAGCUGUCGGUGGUUUCCUAUCUCACCAACUCCAUUGUAGACCAGAUCCUGCAGGAUCUCUACGCCACCCACAAGACCCUGACUCGGCAGGUGUCCCAUCUGAAGCGCUGGGACGUGACGGGAGAGGACGGGUUGGGCUGGAGGUCCAACAGAUACCGAGACUCUCUGGACAUCACGGACGAGGAACUCGGCACCAGCAUCGACACAAUAGCCAUUAAGAAGCGCAGCUCGAGGACGAGGCGAAUACGACCCGUUUCCACCAGGCUGAGCCUGUGCGACGACUCCGGCUCCUCGCCACCGCCCUCCGUGCCGCCCUACUCCUCGCCGCUGUCCCGCUCGGCAUCCUGGGAGGACCUGUCAGAGCUGCCCACUCACGGCCUGCCGCUCCAUCACGUGACUCGGGUUCGGCCAAGGCCUCCGCGGAGGCACAAGGGAUGCCACGCCCCCUCUGAUAGCCAUUGCAUUGAAAAUGGAGGAAAAAGUCCUCUUGAUGACGGACUCCCAGAUUUCUACACUAAAAGAGUUCUCCCUGACAGCCAGCUCUCCUCGCUACACAAAGCCCACUCACUGAGGAGGAAGAAGAGGAGGAACAUGCUGGCCAUCUUUGGAUUCCGUAGGAACCGCCACCAAACUCAGGGGCCGGAGGCCGAAGCUGAGGUCUACGUGGACGGAUGCCACUUUGUUGCCACGGCAACCUCAGGGGCGGCCACAGAGAACGUCUACACCCUCCUUCAGCCCCCGAGGUCCGCUGCCAGAGCCGGAUCCCCCGGCGAAGGGGCUGAUGUGAAAAUGAAUGAGCACCUGGGGAAGAAUGCUCUGGUCUUGAGUCUGCCGCUGGUGCCGGGCAUCACACCCCAGGGCAUCACUCCCCCUGGCAUUGCUCCUCCUGGCAUCGUUCCCCAGGGCAUCAUUGCCCAGCGCAUCACUCCCCCUGGCAUCACUCCCCCGGGCAUCACUCCCCCGGGCAUCACUCCCCCGGGCACGGGAGGAAGCAAACGCAACUUUUAUUCUCCCAGAGAGACAUCCGAAGCGGACUCUGUGUUUGAGCCUCCGGAGGAGACGGACCGGUUCUGGGUGGACGACAGGCAAAGGGCCGCCGAGGAGAAGGCGAGGCAGGCAGAGCAGGACGGCGAGAAACAUCGGGUCGAGAGGACCGCCGACCUGUACCGGGCCGAGAGGACCGCCGACCGUUACCGGGCCGAGAGCCGACAGUGGACCGUGGACAGGCACACCCAGCGGCAGAUCGACAGGAAGAUGGAGCGGCAGUGGGUUGGCGGCAGGCAGAUCGACAGGUCGUGGUCUGAGCACGGCCCGCCAGAAGAGCACCCGGCCGAGGGCCGGCGGGCGAGCGGGAGGACAGAGAGGCCGGCGCCUCCUCUAGGCCACAGGCCACUGCCACCAUACCCGUCAGACCGGACGCCUUCGCCCAAACAAGACGGGGAUCCUCCGAAGGGCCCCGAGGUGGCAGAUUGGUGUCAGCAGGAAGACAGGCCGGCGUGUACCGACGCUGGCGGAGGGUUGGCUGAGAGGGGGAAAAGCAGCGGAGGAGGACGGGCCGGCCCAUGUGCCUCUAAACCCGACCCACCGCCGCAAAGCAGCAAACCCUACCUGUCCAAGCUGAGGCCGAGGCGCCGCCUGGAGAGCGCGGAUGUUCUGCCAGGUACAGAGGAGGAAGGAGACGUGGAGUGUGACAGCGGAAAGACGGAGACGAAAGAGAGGGAAAGGAGAAGAGACUCUGAGGGUCAUCCUCCCCCGAUUCCAGAAAAGCCAAAGACAUCCUCGUACGUGAUGUUUCCUAAAGAACCGUCCAAUGAGAGGAGCUUACCUCCUCCUCCUGUGCCGCCUCCAGGUCUCAGGCUUGUGCACGGACUCCCCACCAGAGCAGCAAGUCAAGGUGAAGAAGGGCACAGACCUCCGGCCCCGGUGAAACCACAGAGGAACCGGAAGGCCAUGUCAUGUGACGCAGGAACUGAACGGGAAAGCCCGAAUAACGUUGAGAAGCCCCCAAAUCGCAAACCCCCCGUGAAAAAACCUAGACUGCCCCAAAACAGAAAUAUGUCACUGGACUUGUCUGACAGCCUCGACUCAGCCUCUGGCCACAGCGAUCUGUUAUGAUGCCUGGGACAAAAUGAAAUAAUAAUAAUUCACCCAAACGCUGUUCUGCUGAAGCGUUGUCAUGACGACCCUGGAGCGUGUCAUUUCAACGAGGAAACAAAGAAGAAGGACAAGAAGAAAAAAAAACCCGAGCCAGAGAGAAAUUGUCUGACAGACAUCGUGAAGCAUAAAUCCUUCUCACUUUCCUUAAAGGCACAGUUCAGAUGUUACAGUGCGUUUGUAUCAGCUUCUUCUGAGUAUCAGGUUCUACUACAGUAGAUGUUUAGAGGAACAGAAACUACUGUGGUGGAAUCAUAUAAACCCUUAAACCUCUGAACCCUCCUUCUUGUAGCAUCACGUCUCUGCUUUCCCUUCACAUGGAAACUCUUUUUUGUGGCUUCAGUAAUUUAACGUUAUUUGUACUUUGGAAAACCCAAAUGA